AUCAGCUGCUUAAUAUCCUUAAAAAUUGUGUUCAAGUUAUGUGAAUUAAUGGCUAUGCAAAAUAAAUGGCAUUUGUUUAUAAAUAUGCCAGUACAUAUAGAUAAUUAUGAUACAUGAUAAAAUGUAAAAUAGUGAAUACAGCGAUAAAAUGAAUAAGUACACAAGUUUAAUAGGCAUUGAGCAGCGAAGCAAAACUAUGUAUCAUCCAAAGGAACAAAUUUUAAAUAUCUUGACAUACAUACUUUUGCUAGUAGUUGCUGUGUGUGCAAUUGUUCUGCUAUGUGACUUAUCCAGUCAGCGUGAUGGAUUCUUCUACUCCAAAAAAGAUGGAGCCGUACUCGACCUGUCCGUAUCCCAUACUCAGGAAGUGCUUCUGCGGCCGGACACGGAAUAUCGUGGACAAAAUGUGAAUUGCACUUUUUGGGAUUGCUUAAACAUAUACAAAUGCGAGCAUGACACACUCAAGGUAUACAUUUACCCGUUGCAAGAGUUUUUGGACGAGAAAACCGAUAAGGUUGCCAGCACGUUGUCAAGCGAAUACUUUCAAAUCCUGGAAGCCGUGCAUAAGAGUCGCUACUACACAUCGAAUCCCAAUGAAGCCUGCCUCUUCCUGCCGAGCCUGGAUUUGCUGAAUCAGGAUGUGUUCGACAAGCAUUUGGCUGGUCCAGCGCUGGCUUCGCUCAACUUCUGGGAUCGUGGGGAGAAUCAUUUAAUCUUCAACAUGCUGCCGGGCAGCGCACCUAACUAUAACACCAUCUUGGACGUGAACAUCGACAACGCCAUUGUUUUGGGUGGUGGCUUUGACAGUUGGACAUAUCGUCCCGGAUUCGAUGUCUCGAUACCGGUUUGGAGUCCAUUAGUGCAUCAAACCAACUUGUUGCCUGCCCACGCCGCAUCUCAUCGCAAAUAUUUAUUAGUUUCUGCUCAGCUGAAUCUUUUUCCGCAGAAUCUACGAACUCUUACGGAUUUAACGUUGACAGCUAAAAGCGCGGACCAAAUUCUAAUGCUUGGACUCUGUGAUAACAAAGAUUUGAAAUCUCGCUGCACUCUGACAAAGGCAAAUCCGAAGCGAUGGGAAUACCCACGAGUGCUGGGACGCGGCAAGUUCUGCUUCCUCGGACGCAGUCUGCGCAUUGGUCAGCCCGACUUAAUCGAGAUAAUGUCUCAGGGCUGUAUUCCUGUGAUAGCGAUUGACAACUAUGUGCUACCAUUUGAGGACGUCAUCGACUGGUCUCUGGCGGCCGUUAGAGUGCGAGAGUCGGAGUUGCAUUCAGUCAUGCGUAAAUUGGAGGCCAUUUCCAAUGUCAAAGUCGUUGAAAUGCAGAAGCAGGUGCAAUGGCUCUAUACCAACUACUUCAAGGAUCUGAAGACAAUUACCAUUACAGCAUUGGAGAUACUUGAGAGUCGCAUAUUUCCACUGCUGGCCCGCAGCAGCCAGCAAUGGAAUGUGGUUAAGAGAAAUAGUCGUUCCACAUUUAAUCCUCUAUUUCUUACGACUCUCGCUCCAAAGUCUCAAGGCUUUACAGCUGUUAUAUUGACUUAUGAUCGAGUUGAGAGUCUAUUCCUUUUGAUACAGAAGCUAGCAGUUGUGCCGUCCCUGCAAAGCAUUCUGGUUAUUUGGAACAAUCAGAAAAAGAUGCCACCACAUUUAUCUACAUUCCCAACCAUAUCUAAACCACUGAAGAUUAUACAGACUCGUGAGAAUAAACUAUCAAACAGAUUUUAUCCCUAUCCUGAAAUUGAAACCGAAGCAAUACUAACUAUUGACGAUGAUAUCAUAAUGUUAACCAGUGAUGAACUUGACUUUGGCUAUGAAGUGUGGCGCGAGUUUCCGGAUCAUAUUGUUGGCUUUCCUAGUCGCAUUCAUGUGUGGGAUAAUGCAACGAUGCGUUGGCACUACGAAUCUGAAUGGACCAAUCAAAUAUCUAUGGUGCUUACUGGCGCAGCAUUUCAUCAUAAAUACUGGAGUCAUAUGUAUACGUAUGCCAUGCCAGGCGACAUUAAACAUUGGGUCGAUGACCACAUGAACUGUGAGGAUAUCGCUAUGAAUUUUCUUGUAGCGAAUAUCACAAACAAUCCGCCAAUUAAAGUAACGCCGCGAAAGAAGUUCAAGUGCCCCGAGUGCACAAAUACGGAAAUGCUGUCAGCCGACUUGAAUCAUAUGCGGGAACGUUCAGCUUGCAUUGAUCGAUUCGCCAAGAUCUAUGGACGAAUGCCUCUGCGCACAGUUGAGUUCAGGGCAGAUCCUGUACUAUUUAGAGACAAUUUCCCAGAUAAAUUGAAACGUUACAAUGAUAUUGGAAGCUUGUAAGCCCUUAAUAUUUAUAUAAAUAUCAUAUAUAUUACAAUUAGUAGGCGAAAUUACUCAAGACUUAACCAAAUAUGAUAUAUAAGUCAA